AUGAGGUCCUUCGCUCAAUUCUGGAUUGCCCUCGGGGCUCUUGCCACACAGGCUGCUGCUCACUACACUUUCCCGUCCCUUGUUGUGGAUGGAACGACUACACCUGCGUGGGUGAACGUCCGUCAGACCAACAACUAUAACACACAAGCGCCAGUCACAGACGUCACCUCGAUGGACAUUCGCUGCUAUGAUACUGCAGAACCGGGUACGGCCGAGACCAUCACUGUCAGUGCUGGACAGCAAAUCGGGAUCAUGAGUGACGGAGCAAAAGCUCCUGGAGAUGUGGACGGUUGGGCAGGAGAUGGAGCAGUAUGGUUCAAGCUCUACGAGAUCCCCGCAGUUACCGACGGUGGAAAAAGCAUUACAUUCCCUGCAGAAGGACAACCGGGAGUGACAUUCACUCUGCCCUCUGCUCUUCCAUCUGGACAAUAUCUUCUUCGCAUGGAGAACAUUGCUCUGCACGUUGCGCAAUCAUAUGGUGGUGCACAAUUCUACCUUUCCUGUGGUCAAAUAAACGUCGAAAAUGGUGGAAGUGGAACACCUGGGCCAACGGUAGCCUUCCCUGGGGCAUACACUGGCUACGCUAUUCCGACCAACUACACUCAGCCUGGACCACCUGUUUGGACUGGUUGA